GGUAUAGCCUCAUUCUAAGCUUAGAAUCCGUUCGGCCAACAACUCUUAUUUGAGUUUCUAAAUUUAAAUAAAAAAUAUUUUUUCUAAUAUUGCACAAAAAUCUAACUAAAAAUGACGGCGGUGCGACCUUUGGGACCUGGACCUGGCGCGUAUAUGCUGCCACCCACCUACGGUUACGAUAAGCAUGACAACCGUAAGCAGCGUAAUCCCCAGUACUCCUUCGGGAUGCGCACCAACCUGGUCGGGAGUGAGCUGGGUCCUGGUCCCGGUGCCUACAAGGUCGACAAGUUGACGCGGUAUGGGCCAAGCAAGGGCUUGGAGUACUCGAUGUCUCCAAGGACGGAAAUACCUAUUGAGAAAGUUGGUCCCGGUCCUGGCGCCCACGAUGUCCACCUGAAGCCCUUCUUCACGGGCGUCAAUGCCCCUUCCUAUUCCAUGGGCCUAAGAACGGAUAUAAACUUUAAGAAGGAAGGGCCUGGACCUAUUUAUAAGUACGAGAUGAACCCUGUCCGCCCAAAGGUCCCGGCCUACAGCAUGGGUCUCCAAACCAAGAUCCUGAACAAGACCAAUUCGCCUGGACCCGCGGCCUACGGUCCUGGCGACAUCAACGUAAAACUGAACCGUGCUCCGCAGUAUUCCAUGGCCCCGCGCACCAACAUGAAGGGAGAGAAUGUCGGCCCCGGCUCGAACUACUACGAUUUGAUGUACUACCGCCCUGGAAAGAGUGGACCAGGCUACUCCUUCGGUGUGCGACACUCUCAGUACGCUCCGCCCAUGAUAGUUAGAUGUGAUAACAUGUAAUAGUGCAAUAUUAGAACAAAUAUGUGCAAAAUUUUUGGUUAUAAUAAAUUUGAAAAUAGUUUUGGAAUAUAAA